AUGAGUUUUGAUCCGGGUAUUGAAGCAGCAACAUCAACGUCCGUGAAAUCCAAAACACACUCUUACAGUAAACCAUCAGAAUGCAAUCAGAAAAGAAUCAGUAACGCAUCCAGUACAAAUAUUACUGCUAAUGAUAACGGUAAAGACAAGUUGAGACACGAAUAUAGUAAGCCGAAACAAAGUGCGGAAGUGCCCUCAUCAGACUCGAGUGUUUAUCAGCGAUUGUCGAACAGCACAAAACAUUAUAUUGCAACGACGACGAGUGAACGACGACGAUGCGCGAAUGGCUACGAUAUUCCGAAAGAUACGAUCAACGAAUCUGUUAUCAGAAACAGUGCAGAACGAUCUCAAGCGUCAACAUCCUUAUUUUCACCAACCAAACAACCACUUUUAGUCAACAGUAAUAAUAAAUCUUAUUGCAAUAAUUUAAAGUCGCAUCCACCAACUAUUGUUCUGAGUCCACCAGAAGAGCAAGCGACCGAAAAAGUGAAAGUGAUCUUCGAAUACGGUCGCGAUAAAGGUAAUAAAUUAAAACUGGUGAAGGAGCGAUCGACGCCGAAUUGUUUAGUGCGUAAUAAGAAAACGAUUCUUCUCAGUGCUUUUGUACUAUUAUCCUUCUUGAUAUUCUCUGUGCUAAUUGUUAUUGUUUAUGCGUUAAAUUCACAGCCCUAA